GUGCUAGGUCGCGUAUUGACACAAGACACGAGCGCUUCGUAAGCGAUCAGCUGAUUUAUUCAUACAUAUAAAACUAUACGUCAGGCAUACAAAAAUAUUUACACGAUCGCGUUUCAACUUGUGGUUUACAAGCAAGUUAUUAAAAUCACAGGAAUUAUUAAAUUCGGCAUGUUUUCUAAUAUCAAUUUUUACACAAAUUGCAUCAAAUCAUAUUUCUAUUACAGAAAAUAAUCAUUCUAUUUCGUGUUAUUUAUCCUCGAAAUUUUACACAUGAAAUAUCUCGUAUUAUCUCGAAAUCCUCAAAAAUUCUCUUAAAUUUCCCGAUCGACCCGUUUGAAUAAAAUAAUCUUAAAAGAAAGGAGAGGGAAAAGAAAAGAAAAAUAAUAUUUUUUGAUUAAAUGAUACUCGAAUUUCACAUGUAAUACUAAACGGUCGACCUUUCGAUUGGACAUUUGACUUUUGACUUCAUUGCACUAUUGCUCACGGUCUACGCCGAUGUCUCACGUUUCACGCGUGCAUGCGUCGUGUGUCGUGCGUCGUACAUGGUGCAUGUGCGAGCGACAGUUUACUACACUUGGACCGAAUAUAUCCUGAAUAUAUACCGAAAAGAGAUGGUCUUGAUUUUCAAUGGACAUCGGUAAGGCCGGAUCUACAAUAGGUGUAGCAAACAAUAGGUGAUGUAAGUCUUAAAAAGCCAUAAAAAAAAAUUACCAUUAACAAUUCAUUAUUCUUUUCACAUUUGACUGUGAUUGAUUAAUUUCUUAUAGUUUGAGGCUUUUAUUACACCUAUUAGUAGAUCCGGGCUUAAAAACUUGUAAGGAUCAAAUACAUCGACAACGUCGUGAUGUAUUGUCACGAUUACGAGAGUGCUUUUUGUGAAACGAACCGGUCUUCUUAUAUUCUCAUUUUUGCGCGCGAUGUAGCAUUACGUUUUACAGACAAAUUCCUACACCACUUGUCUGAGCAUUCCGACAGGCUGUAACUCGUGUGGCUGUCUUGAAUCUUCGAUGAGAAUUUUGUCGUGCGUUUUUAUUUGUACGUCCUUUGUAUUUAUACGUCCUACGUAUAUUUUUUCUAAUUCCUAGACGAACAUUGACAUUAUGUUUAUUAAAUUCUUAUGCAUUCGCGCUAAUCGCCUGUUGUGAGUGAUACGUAAAGGUGAUUGAGAACGUAAAGAAAUUCUUUAUAUAUUGAAUAAACAUGAGGAUCACGGCGUGCCAUUUUCGUCGUUGCAUAAUAGCAGUACUAUCUGUAGCGCUAUUAUUUUGUGUCUUUCAAGUAAUAAGAACAGAAUUAGGAUUUAAUGAACCUGAUCUUUCAAAUCUAGACAAAUUAGUACACAUAUCACAAUUAAUCAAAGAGUCAGAACAAUCUUAUGUGAGAGAAGGUGUUGCGUGCAAAUUACCUCAAUUAAAUAUCUCUAGUCCAGAGAUAAUGAGAUUUAUAUAUGAUGUGCCACCAUUAUCAUGUGGACCUGAAGACUGGGUCACAGUGGAAGGUUCAAGACUUAUUAUUACUAAUAAAGCGAGAACGAAGCAUGGACGAAUAGAAUGCAUAUUCAAUGAAAUUAUCAGAACAGAUGAUUACAAUAUAAAAUUAUUAGAUGGUAAACAGGCUGACGAUUUCUACAUUUUGAAGGACAGCGAUUUUGCAAGCGUCAGUUGCAAGUCACAAAAUGGAAACGUGUGGCGUAGUGUACUCGCCGGAGUAAAAUACAAUCCGUACGUUGAGCAGCAACAUAAUUGGGACAAUGUGCCGGGCUUGAAAUUAAACGUGCUUAUGUUCGGCUUCGAUUCAUUGUCGCGAAAUACGUUCAUUCGUAAACUACCAAGAACUUAUCAUUUUAUAAAACAACAAUUGGAUGCUCUAGUAUUAGAAGGAUAUAAUAUCGUAGGAGAUGGUACACCGCAAGCGCUUAUCCCAAUUUUAACUGGCAAGAUCGAACUUGAAUUACCGGAAACGCGAAAACGAAUGGGUCACAAUGCAUACUACGUCAACGUGUAUCCCAUGAUAUGGAAUAAAUAUAAGGAACACGGAUACAUAACAGGUUUUAUGGAAGAUGUACCGCAUAUCGGAACGUUUACGUAUCGUUUGAAAGGAUUCGACGAGCAACCAACUCAUCAUUACAUGCGCACGUAUUAUCUAGCCGCUUCUCCGUAUUUCAAAACAUAUAACAAAUUUUGUAUAGCUGGUAUCCCGCGUCAUAUGGUGAUGAUGAAUUAUAUAAAAACGAUAUUUAAUACAUAUAAAAAACAACCAAAAUUUGUAUUUGGAUUUCAUGGCGAACUUUCUCACGACUCUUACAAUGAUAUCGGGGUGGUAGAUAACGAUGUAUAUUUUUGGGUUAAAGACCUCCAUGAUCAUGGACAUUUAAACAAUACCAUUUUGAUUUUGAUGAGCGACCAUGGACACAGAUUUGCGGACAUUCGUAAUACUCUCCAAGGUAAACAAGAGGAAAGAUUACCGUUUUUCUCUUUCAUUUUUCCACCAUGGUUCAAGCAAGCCCAUCCACAAGCUUAUGCAAAUUUUGUAUACAAUACACAAUAUUUAACAUCACCGUUUGACGUACACAAAACAUUGGAAAACAUACUUAACUUUGAUGUCCCAAAAGAUGGAGAUCGUCAUCAAAGAGCCAUCAGCUUAUUCGAUAAAGUGCCCUUGAACAGAACGUGCGCGGAUGCAUUCAUAGAGCCACAUUGGUGUGCUUGUCUUGGAUGGAAAGAAAUUUUGAUUGACGACAUGAAUGUUGUCGCAGCUGCCAAUUAUUUUGUCCAGUUCCUUAAUGGUUACACUGCAGAUCAUCAUGACAUAUGUGCGAUAUUACAUUUGGACAAGAUCUUAUGGGCUGCUAAGCUCAUACCUACCAAAGGUUUAUUAAAUUUCCGAAAAUCUGGAGAUCAAGACGGUUUCAUAGGUGAUUUUAGUGCCAAAACCCAAGUAGCAACAGAAAUUUAUCAAUUAAAAGUGAGAACAGUGCCAGGUGAUGCGCUAUUCGAAGUUAGCAUUACUCAUAAUCUCGCGGAAAAUACUUUCCACAUUAAGAUUUCCGAUGUUAGCAGAAUUAAUAUGUAUGGAUCUCAAGCGAGAUGUGUGGAAAAUUCACUGUUUCAUUUACGCAAAUAUUGCUAUUGUAAAGGAUAAGGAGUUAAAUGUCUAGGUAUAAUAUAGUUUUAAACAUUGUAUAUAAGAACGUAACAUCAAAAUAUGAAUCAAAGAAAGUGACAAUUUUAAUUGUAUAUAGCGCAAAAGGUGUUACUUAAUUUUAAAUAAAAGCGCUGCUGUGACUUAAUAUUUUUUGGGCUAUAAAGAGUUUCCUGUGUUAGAUUGGUAUAAUUUUAUUAUGUGUGAUAUUAUACUGUUAGAUUGGUUUAUUUAAAUUAUUAUAUGUACCGACUAUAGCUAACUGAAUUAUCAAGAGAAUAUCAUAUGGCACAUAUCAUUCCUAAAAGAAAAUCAUAUUUUAAA